AUGUCAUUCUAUAGGUCAUAUUCAGAUGAAGGUCCUCUCAGCGGUUCUACACUCCACUCGCAACCCAAAUGCCAGCUUUUGACUGUCCUACUUCUGGAAUCUGAUAAAAAUAAAGUCCUAGCGUCCGUAAAUGCUGGUUUCUCAGGCAGUUACGGUGAUCACGGAGGCGGAGAAGGUGGACAUCACGACAUUUCACACACUGUGGAAAUCACCAAACACGUACCCAUACCAGUCUACAAGCAUGAAGCAGUACCCAUACCACACACAAUACCUGUUCCAGUACCUAAGCCUGUAGCAGUACCUGUGCCUCAGCCGUACCCAGUCCAUAUUAAGGUACCGCAGCCUGUAGCAGUACCCGUCAUCAAAACCAUCACGAUCCCAGUAGAAAAGCCGGUGCCUUACAAGGUGGAGAAAGAAGUACCUUACCACGUAGAAAAACCAGUUCCAGUACCAGUAGAGAAGCACAUCCCCAUCAGGAUCCCCAGGCCGGUACCAGUGAAAGUACCAGUGUACAAAGUGGUGUACCAUCACAGUAAGCACUAAGGUGGUGCAACAAUUUGGCAAGACUGAUACAGCGAAGUUUGUUUUUACCUCCAUCGUGCUAAGUUGUCUUUAUUGUUGAUAUUUUUUUUGUUG